CGGAGGGCUCUGUUUCCUGAUGCAGCCUCCUGCAAACCAGAGAGCUCAGUGGAGUCUCCGGCGGCGGCAGCAGCGGUUUCCGCCAGUCUUCGCAGCCAGCCAGAGAGACUCCGAGCUUUCCUCGCCGCCUCCAGACGGGCAGCAGCGCCCUACGCGACCCCUCGGCAUAUCCACCUCGCUUGCCUGCCUCUGCCAACCAGUCCUCCUCGAGGCAAUUGCAGGGAGGGAGGAGUAGAAGCAAGCCGCAGAGGAGAUUCCCCCCGCUUUCCAAGGCGGGGGCCAUAGAGAGCCUCACCCAGCGUCCAGGAGGGACGGUGGGAACGGGACCUGUUAUUAGGCCCCGGCAGAAGGACACGCGGGUGGUCGUCUUGGGGAUGACGAUGCGCUCCCAUCCAGCUGCGUGCUUCUUCCGCGAUUGUUUAUUAGUUGGCGAAGAUCCAAGAUGGGAGCCGUUCUUGGGCGGGAAAACGCGGGGCUGGGCUCGGCGCGCAUUGCCCGCCCAACACACAAAGCCACCCCAUUUAGAGCGAAGACGCUCCUGAGCCAUCAUGCCCCUCGAGUUUACUUUCUGUCUCCCUUCUCCUCGCCCGCCUCCUCUCCGUCCGCAAUGAGGGGCUGGGGACUGCCACCAACAAGCAGCAAAAGUGCUCUUUCCCGCCUCCCUUCCACCCGCCCAGCGCUCAAGGGUGCAGCAGAUCCUCCCAUAAGCAUUUGAGGACCUCCCCAACUGCUGAACUCCAAACGCACUUUCGCUUUCAUUCCCCGCCGCCGCCCCAUUUCUAGGAAUGCCAAACACGUUUUGCUCGGAGAAGGCGCGGAAAGCUCCAGAGUUGCGAAACGGGGCUUUGCUGGCACAGCCUGGGCGUCUCUCUCGCCUCCGGCUGGAACUCGCCCCGGGAAGAAGCAGCUACUUGCCGCUUGCGUUGCUACCGCCCCUCCACAGCCGCAGCCCAGAAGGGAUUAGGCGUUUUAAGGAGCCGAUCCCCUUUGAAGCGGCUGGUUGAUUCUGGCCUGACUUUCUCUCCUGAGCCGCUUGUUACUCCGCGGAAGGCCGUGCUGGCCAUCGACUGUCUCUCUCAGGACUGAAAGCCCCGCACACAGCAGGUUAUGGGAUUCAUCGAGGAUGUCUGGCAAUGAGAUUAUACAGAAAGGGAGAAAACAGUUAACUGAAAUCAUUCAGAAGGACCUAGAAAUCGUUCUAGAUGAGUUACUCUCCCAGUCUGUCAUCACAGAGGAAGAAUAUGCAAACUUGGACAAAACGGAGGAGGAUUCCAAGAAGAAAAGUCGGAAAUUGCUGCUUCUGAUACAAAAAAAGGGGGAACGUGCCUGCUGCCGGUUCCUGGAUUGCAUAGAAAUUGCAUGUCCAGGUUCAAAGCAGGCUCUGCAGCCUUUACUUAAUGAGUGUUCAUUUCCAGAGGAGAAAGCUCAGGUGCCAAAAGGAUUGGAGGAAGCAAAAAGCAAAUAUGUUAAAGAGUGUUCACUUCCAGAGAUGAAAGCUGAGAGCCCAAGAGUGGAGGCCAAAGGCGAAAAUGUCAAAGGUACUUCCGUAAAGCAGCAAGUGACAAUGCUCAUCAGGUUACAUGCUGGAAGGGCAAGAAGUGCAGUGUUCUGGACAGGAAGUUACAGACUGGGCUGCAUUAAGAUUAGAAAGCUUUUGCCUAAUCUCUGUUGCAAGAGAAGUAAAGCACUUGAGGAUGUUCUUUGCAAAUUGAAGUUAGAGAAGCAUAAAAGCGAGAAACUCUCCCUUCGACAAGUUCUGGAAAUCAGUUCAGGAAGUCUAAAGGAGUUCAUCCCUCAUUCAUUGGAGGAUUUGCCAUGGAAUUUUCUGAGGAAGGUCUUGGCUCUGAAUGUGACAGCCAGGAGUACAAGCUUCAAGCAGAGAAUGUUUGAUGAUCCAAGAAUGGAACAAAAAAUGGAGGGAACGAGGGUUGAGAAUAAGAUUUUCUUCACUACUGAGAUGGCUGAGAGCAUUUCUGUGAACCCCCUUGAUGUCCUUUGUGCUGUUCUGCUUUGUUCAGACAGCUUCCUCCGACAGGAGAUCUUCUCCAAAAUGUCCAUGUGCCAGUUCGCGCUGCCUGUGCUUCUGCCUCCCUUGGAGACUCCCAAGUGCACCCUGAUGCUCUGGGCCAUGAGAGACAUUGUGAAAAGAUGGAGGCCCCAUGCCCUGGCUGAAAGCAGAGGCUUCAGAGAAAAGAGCCUGGUGAUGACCUCCAUGCCCACCAUUUCUUUUGUCUGCAUGGGGAACUCGGGACUCUCCAAGUCCAAACUCCUCAAUGAGAUUCUCAGCCCCUCCCAGCAGCAUUAUGAUUUCUUCAUCCACCGGGACAUGGAGUGUGGAAACAUCCCUCGAGAAAUUGCUGAUGGGCUGGUAGAGAUGGCCUGGUAUUUCCCAGGGGGGCAGAAGGGGUCAGAUCUUUUCCCUGAGCCACUUGCCAUUGCCAAUCUUCGUGGGGAUGUUGAGUCGCAUUGGGUGCAGUUUAGCUAUUUAACACAGGUCUCUUCAGCUGUGUUUAUAUUUGCUGAAUGCAUCAGUGAGAGAGAAUUUGACCUCUUGUCAUCACUCAAGGAGUCGUCAACUCAAUUCCAUUUCAUUUUGGAACAUCAGAGUAGAAAAUUCAAUGACACUUUGGAUUUCUUAAACAAAUUGGCUCCUGUGCUUAAACUGGACAAUUCACAUAUACUUGUGAAAACGGCCAAGACCAAUAGGGCAGAGUAUGUGGGAAAGCUGCGAUCUACUAUUGAAAGAAUAAUCAACUCUCAUCCAAAGAGUCUGAGUGUGAAAGAGAUGGCUGCUGUGGCCCAAGAACUUGCAAUCCAGGUGGAUGAGGACUGCCAAGAAUGUCAGAAUGCCCUCCGAUGUGCCUCGGAAAUCACUCAUGAUAUUAAAGGGAUCGCCAUAUACAAGAAAACGACGCUAAAACUGCAAGGUGAUCUCUGGAAAAACCUGGCAAAGGUAGAAAAAGAGCUGUGCAGAAUGGAAAGACAGGGGUCUGUUCCUUCAGAGCAAUACAGGUCAGAACUGAAAUGCAAACUGCUGGAACUGCGGAAAGAGCAGAACAAAUGUGAUCUCACCACCGGCUUGAUUAAAUUCACGAGUGGCAUCAAACACCUGAAGUUGUCAGAAAAGCACUACUUUCUGAAAUGGAUCAAGUUCCACCUUGACCAUAUUGCCAGGAGCAAUCUUUCUAAGCUAAGGGCUGAGUACAAAGCAAAAUGCAAGACCUCAGGGAACAAUAGCCAGACGAUUGCAGAGCUAGACCAGACGAUAUCUGCCUCCUCCUUGGGACUUGAGCACUUCAUGCGUGAACUGGGGCAGUUUUAUGAGGCAGAACAUUCUAUGGUUAAAGAGGGGAAAGUACCAGAAACCCAACGACAAUUUGUUCAUUUCCCAAGCAUUGCAGCUGACCUGAUGUUGGAAGGUUUCCCACUAGAGCUGAUUGAUGGAGAUGCAUCCAACAUUCCCCUGCAGUGGAUAACUGAUGUUCUGACUGAGCUCAAUCACAAAGUAGGAGGUCAAUCCAAAAUGGUGGUGAUCACUGUGCUGGGCGUGCAGAGCACUGGGAAGUCCACCCUCCUCAACACCAUGUUUGGGCUGCAGUUUGCUGUUAGCAGUGGUCGAUGUACACGAGGUGCCUUCAUGACACUUCUUAAUGUCAGAGAAAACAUGUCUCAGGAGCUCGGCUGCAAUUUCAUCCUAGUGAUAGACACAGAAGGACUGAAAGCCCCUGAACUGGCACAAUUAGAAGACAGCUACCAACACGACAAUGAGUUGGCCACUUUAGUGAUUGGGCUGAGUGACAUCACAAUAGUGAACAUGGCCAUGGAGAAUGCCACUGAAAUGAAGGACAUCUUGCAAAUUGUGACCCAUGCCUUCCUCAGGAUGGAGAAGGUUGGGCAAAGACCCAACUGCCAGUUCGUUCAUCAGAAUGUCAGUGAUGUCUCUGCUCCUGACCAAAACAUGAGGGACAGGAAACACCUUUUGGAACAACUCAAUGAAAUGACCCAAGCUGCAGCAAAAAUGGAGAACGUUGACAGAGAGAUCAAGUUUUCGGACAUCAUGGACUAUGACCCAGAAAUGAACAACUGGUACAUCCCAGGUCUGUGGCAUGGAGUCCCACCCAUGGCUCCAAUCAACAGGGGCUACAGUGAAAAGGUCUUUGAGCUAAAGAAGUAUCUUUUUGAAUUCAUAAGGAACCGUUCAAAUAAGACAACACCCAAGGACAUUCCUCAGUUUAUUGAGUGGAUAAAUAGUUUGUGGAAUGCUGUGAAACACGAGAACUUUAUCUUCAGCUUCCGAAACAGCCUCAUAGCAGAAGCCUAUAACGGGCUGUCCAUGAAAUAUUCUGAAUGGGACUGGGAUUUCCGCAGGGAGAUGCACCUCUGGUUAUCAGAACAGGAAACGGCGAUACAGAAUGUUUCCCCUGAUGAAGUUGACCUUGACAGCUUGAAAUGUGAGCUUCAAAAGAAACUAUCAUGUGGAGAACGGCAGAUUUUGGAAAGUUUGAAGUUGUACUUUGAAAGCAGAGCACCAAAUCUGCAUCUGGUAGAAAAGUACAGAGAAGAUUUUGCCAGAAGUGCCAGCACCCUCAAACGUGAACUUGAAAGUUCUUCUUAUAACAAGCUGCAGGAUGCUAUUCAUAUUAAAAAGGGUCGGCACAAGAUUGAUUCUAUCCAAGCUGGAUAUUUGAAAAUAAUUGAAGGAAAGGUUGACGGGCUUCUUGAGGAAUGCAGGAAAAAGGCACGGCGAUUAGAUAAUCAAGAGCUAAAAGAAGAGUUUGAGCAAAUGUGGACAAAGACAUUGUCAGAAAUCUUACCCAUUCGCUUAGAGAAACGUGAAAUAUAUGCAGAUGUUGAGGCAAAACUAAGAAAUGAUUUGUUCUCUCGAGGGAGGUUAGUCAUACCAAAAUUACUAGAAAAAGAAAGUUUUUUGAGCUUCAGAAUAAACACUUUUCAAAUGAAAAAAGACUAUGUACAAUCAUCACGGUGGAGGCGUUUUAUAAACCUCCCCCCUCAGAAGGAACAUUUAUGUAAUGUAGAAGAACUUUCCAGAUCCUUGAUGGACAAAUGCAUAUCCUUCAUUGAUGAAAAACUCAAUUCCAAAGCAGAUUUUGAUGAAACAUACUGUGUGGAACUUUUGCACAUCAUUAAUGAGAAGCUUCAACAGCGUGAUGUGAAGAAACUUUGUACUACUCCUGGCUUUGAAGUGGACCUGAAGCUGCACGUUAUGGGAGAAGCAGCCCAUGCAUUUCAAAAGAUGCACAAAGAUUUCGUUAAGAAAAACAAUCCCCCGGUACUUCUUGAGAAACUGAAACCUCAAUAUUUUUAUGCCUUUAGAGAUCUUUAUUUGGAAAAAGAUGCCCAACAAAUCAGAGCUAAGGAUUUUUGUGACAGCUGUCUCCAUCCCGCCCUAGUGGAUUACGUUAACAAACGACUUGGGAUAGAAAUAGUGGAUGACAUUCUCAGCAGUUCACAGUCCAUUGAAUAUGGCAGUCGGAGCUUCUUCCAAUUUAGUGUCUUGAAGGAGCUUUUGGAAGACUGGAAUAUUGACAACUAUGUGGAAUAUCUCAAAAACUAUGAAAGGUUUGUCAAGAGUUGGAUCAGGAAACAAAUGAUGGAUCGUUAUACAAAAACUGAGAAUCUGAAGAAUCUGGAAGAGGGGAUUCUUUCGGCUAUAAUAACCAAAGUCAGGGAGAGACUGAAAAUUCUGAAGGAGAAAGAUGUCAAGACAAUUGCGGAAUUUCUGGACAAUUUUUGCCUAGAAAUGCAGAAAGAGCUGGUUACUUCUAAAGACAAUUUAGUGGGGAUACACUUUAAGAACUCAUCUGAUCUUGGUCAAUUUCCUGUUUAUGUUGAAAGCUUUCUUUCUGAUGUGCAAGAAAAAAUUCUGCAUGAGUUUAAAGCCUUGGAUAUCAAAUCCAAAACCUCCAAGCUGUCUGUGAAGCCUCUUGACGAGAUCUUUAAACGGGUUUUUGGUUGUGGGCAGCAGUGCCCCUUCUGCAAAGUCCCCUGUGAGGCUGGAGGGAGUGAUCAUCAGGAGCAUUUUGCAGCAAUCCAUCGACCUCAAGGGCUGGGAAGGUACAGAGACGUGGAAUCAGAAAAGCUUGUUUGUGAUCUGUGCUCCACUGAUGUGACUACGAAGAGGUCUUUUGAAAAUCAUGAUACUGAAUGGGAACCCCAUCCAUACAAAGAUUAUCGUAAAUAUUAUCCAGAUUGGAACAUCCAACCAGAUCCCAGUAUCAGUGCUUCUGAUUACUGGAAAUUCAUUUUUAAAGAGUUCAAUCAUGAUUUUGCCAUAAAGUACAAAGCUAAGCCAGCAGACCUGCCAGAGGACUGGGAAAAGAUCACCAAAGAACAGGCAUUAGAGGCUUUGAAGAAAACCUAUAAUAUGAAGUAAGACAUUGAGAACAUCUGCCUUAAACAGUCAACAGGAAGAGCUUCAGACCUGGUUUGGCAUUUAUGAAACGCAGCCAGUUUUAUUCAAUCUAUUAAAAUCCCAGAUGUUAUCCAUCAUAUUGGGUACUGACCAUAUCCACAGUCCAAAGGAAAGAGAAAAACGAUGUGUGCACAUAUGCAAAUGCACAUUCACACACAGCCAGUACCAUGACCCCAUCACAAUCACUGAUCAGCUCCUACUAGGAGAGGUCUGGUUUUGAUCACAAGCUUUAAAUAUUUUGCUAAAAUCCCAGAUGUCGUCUGCAAAUGCCAAACAUGUUGUGACUUCAUACAUUAUAGGAAGGCUGUUUGUCCAAGGUUAGCAAGGCAAUAAAAUGUUUGUAUUUUGGAUGAUCGUGUGGAAAUGCCCUACAAUGAUACAGAGAGUUAACUCCCUCUCCCCCUCUCUCUCUCACGCUCUCAGAUAUGUCUAUAUGUAGGUCCCUCAUAAGGAGUCAGAUCACUCGUUUGUCUCGCUUAAUGUUGUCAACACUUCUUGCCUCACAGUUAGGACAGGCAUGUUGAUUGGUCCAUUUUGAAUGGUUUUAGAUUUUUUUUUUCUUGUUAAUUGUCAUUUUAAUUGAUUUAAUUUUUUUAUGUAAUCUGCUCUGAACUUUUAAGCUGGGACUGUAUCAAAAUAUAAUAAAUACAUUAAAAUCUUCUCUCUA